AUGGUGUCCACGCGACAUCACCCCAAGGAAUUUCCCUCACCCACGCAAGCCGCAAAAGAACUGGCCAAGUCCUCACCUGCGCCCACUACUACCGGCAAUGCGCGCAAAUGGGUCCAUACACCAUCGGUCGCCCUGACCGUCUGGCUUGUCUUCUCUGUACCUCUCGUCAUAUGGGAUGCCGGCUAUGUACUGUUGCGACCACAUAGUAUGCCUGGAGGUCGCUUGCACUCCCCCGUCUGGACACCGUACGCGCUAUACGGCCAGAUCGACUAUAUUUAUGGCUGGCCCGCAUUCAAUGCGCGCAAUGGUUUCACCGCCGCGCAAACAGUCAUGAACAUUAUCGAGACCCUGGGUUAUCUGUACUAUCUAUGGAUUGUGUACCGCCACGGUGCCACUGUCACGAGUAACCACGGCGCGCCGAAGCUGAAGAAAGGCCUAGUCUGGUUGCUGACUGGUGACAAAGUGGUAGCUGGGCAAACUGGCGCGAUCGCGCUCAUGGUCGCGUAUACUGCAUCGGUUAUGACUCUCAGCAAAACCGUUCUUUACUGGCUGAAUGAAUUUUUCUCCGGCUUUGAUAAUGUUGGCCACAAUGAUGCUCUAACUUUGAUUGCGAUGUGGAUGAUUCCGAAUGGCCUAUGGAUUGUCUUCCCUUCCUAUAAUAUCUACUCUCUUGGGGGAGAAAUCCUCAACGCGUUGGAACAAGCGAGCCCUCGUGGUCGCGUGGGACGUCCUAAAGCCUCAUAG